AGACAUCACAAUUUCUCGCCCAUACAUUUGUAGCCCUUUAUUCACUCAUAUUACUAUAAACAUGCGCUGGCUUGCAAUCGCCUUCACAAUCCAGGUCCUUGCUUCGCUGGUCGAAGCAGCCAUCAUGAAUAUUUCAAACACACGGGGCAUACGAGACAGCCGAUACGCUAAAGCACACUACCUACCUGAAUCACACUCCUUUAAUCCAAGAGACGGAUGGGAACCUGUCAAUAUCUCCAAUCUGAACUACAAGUAUCUCGCGUCAAGUCACAAAGAUCACUCCUUCCACAGAGCACUGCGCAGGUCGCCUCAAAACGACACAUCUGCCGGCCUCAAAACAUCAAAAUACAGAGAAAAGCACGCAAAAACCUCAAACACAACAACAACCACUGGAUUUUUAGGAACAGUGGUCUCAAGCCUUGCUUCUAUCUUUGCGGGAUGUAUGGGUAAGGGACCUUCGGAGGGUGUCACCAUAACUUGGUAUACUGGCCAUGACCUAGAGAAUCCCAGUUGUUGGAGUAACGGAGGGUGGUCACCAACAGACAAGUCUUUCGUGGGCGCCGUCACCUUGGAUGGUUGGACAACGAAGCCACAAUGCUUCAAGUUUAUUGAACUCUGCAACGGCAAGACAUGUAUAUUUAUUCGUGUUGUGGACACUUGUGCUGGGUGUGCAAAAGGGUCUCGUCACGUCGACCUCACCAGGGCGGCAUUCAGCGAACUGGCGAGUUUGGAUGAAGGCGUACUGACCGUGCAGAUGCGACAAGCAACAGAUCCCGAUAACUGGGACACUGACUUGUGGGGGCCACAGACCGCCAAAUCCUGA